AUGCAGAGGGUGUCAUACAGAGGGUGUCAUGCAGAGGGUGUCAUGCAGAGGGUGUCAUACAGAGGGUGUCAUGCAGAGGGUGUCAUGCAGAGGGUGUCAUACAGAGGGUGUCAUGCAGAGGGUGUCAUGCAGAGGGUGUCAUGCAGAGGGUGUCAUGCAGAGGGUGUCAUGCAGAGGGUGUCAUACAGAGGGUGUCAUGCAGAGGGUGUCAUACAGAGGGUGUCAUUCAGAGGGUGUCAUGCAGAGGGUGUCAUGCAGAGGGUGUCAUGCAGAGGGUGUCAUGCAGAGGGUGUCAUGAGGGUGUCAUGCAGAGGGUGUCAUGCAGAGGGUGUCAUACAGAGGGUGUCAUACAGAGGGUGUCAUACAGAGGGUGUCAUGCAGAGGGUGUCAUGCAGAGGGUGUCAUACAGAGGGUGUCAUACAGAGGGUGUCAUGCAGAGGGUGCCAUACAGAGGGUGUCAUGCAGAGGGUGUCAUGCAGAGGGUGUCAUGCAGAGGGUGUCAUGAGGGUGUCAUGCAGAGGGUGUCAUGCAGAGGGUGUCAUACAGAGGGUGUCAUACAGAGGGUGUCAUACAGAGGGUGUCAUGCAGAGGGUGUCAUGCAGAGGGUGUCAUACAGAGGGUGUCAUGCAGAGGGUGUCAUACAGAGGGUGUCAUGCAGAGGGUGUCAUACAGAGGGUGUCAUACAGAGGGUGUCAUGCAGAGGGUGUCAUACAGAGGGUGUCAUACAGAGGGUGUCAUGCAGAGGGUGUCAUGCAGAGGGUGUCAUGCAGAGGGUGUCAUGCAGAGGGUGUCAUGCAGAGGGUGUCAUACAGAGGGUGUCAUACAGAGGGUGUCAUGCAGAGGGUGUCAUGCAGAGGGUGUCAUGAGGGUGUCAUACAGAGGGUGUCAUGCAGAGGGUGUCAUGCAGAGGGUGUCAUACAGAGGGUGUCAUACAGAGGGUGUCAUGCAGAGGGUGUCAUGCAGAGGGUGUCAUGA